AUGGAUGAAGCAGAAAAUUCCGUCCCAAUCCAAGUCGUCCUCCGCGUAGAUCCUCAAAGCUCCACACCCAAACAGUCUUCGGAGAUAAUCCCCCAACUAAUUUCAGAAGACCAUAACCACCUAUCUGUAUUUGAACCCGAAGAUGAACACAUCAAAGAAGAUUCUGAAGCCGAAGAUGAGGAGGAGGAUCACCACAAGUGCAAAAUCAAACUGAGGGUCAUCACCAAAUGGGCCGCCUUCAUCGUCAUAACGGCCUGCCUCAUUUCCACCUUCACCAUCCCUUCUCUCAUCCACAAGACCCUCUGGGGACUCGAGCUCUGGAAAUGGUGCCUCACGAUCCUCGUCGUCUUCUCUGGCCGCAUCUUCUCCGGCUGGCUUGUCAGCUUCUCCGUCUUCAUCUUCAGGCUCAGCUUCAUGCUCCACCAUAAGUUUGCGUACGUGGACUCCGACCUGCUCAUGGGCGUGCAGAACUGCGUUUGGCUCGGUCUAGUCUUUCUAAUCUGGAAAUUGAUGGUUACUCCAGAUGUCGAGGUACCAAGCCGCUCUCAUAGGCUCUUGAGCAAGGUCACCCGCGCUCUGAUAGUGGUGCUGGUGGGGUCCAUCAUAUGGGUGGUGAAGAUCGUGGUGAUGAAGAUGGCCACUACGUUAUUCCACUUUUCCAGAUUCUUCGACCGGAUUCGGGAGCACAUCGUACACCUGUACAUUAUAUAUACACUGUUAGGUUCGAGCCGGAGGAAAAUAAACCGAUCCUGGUGGAGGAAGCGGAUAGGGAUCGAUCCGAAAGAUCUGACGAAGCUGAGCCGGAAAAACCUGUCGUGGUGGAAUGCGAAUCGGCUGGUUUUGUACAUCAAAUGGGCGUGGCUGUCCAGGAUCUCGAAGACCGACGACGAGACGUGGAGCGAGGACACAGACGACCGGCAGGCGAAGGCAGCAGCCAGGAAAAUCUUCAAGAACGUUGCCAAAGCGGGCGCGAGGUAA